GCACACAACACGAUGAUUUGACGGCUGCACAUCACAGCCAGCGGCCCGACGAGCUCCAUCCACGCUGGCAUAUGUGGCGGCCACCGCGCGCUGCGCUCAGGAUUAUCUGCGGGAUUGGCGCUGUCGCUGCGGCGUUUCCACGGUGGGAUUACACGCGAAGGGGUCCUGAACGCGCCGCCGUCACCAGAACAAAACGGAUGACAGUCUGGGGGUCAGAGAUGGGAGAGGGUCUGGAGCCUCUCUCCCCUGUAGGAUGGUAGCCGACAGCUCAGUGGAGGACCACGACAAGACUCGCUCGUCAAGCUCAGCGUCGCCGUCACCAUCCUCGUCCUCGUCCUCGUCUUCGUCCUCGCCGCCCCGCACGGAGUCGGAGCAGCUCCAGCAUCGGGCCGCUCCGGACCGGAACCCGGGCGUAGCGCGCGUGCCCUCCGCGUACCUCACCCACUUCCCCACCUUCGCCUGCAAGGAGGACUGCCGCAUCAUCACCGACACCGCGGUCAAGCUCGAGCGCUGCGGCUUCUACUGGGGCCCCCUGGGGGUGGAGGACGCGCACCGCAUGCUGCGGGACGCGCCGCUGGGCAGCUUCCUGAUCCGGGACAGCCGGCAGAAGGACGUGUUCUUCACGCUGUCCUACCACGCCAAGAGCGGCCCGGUCAGCGUGCGCAUCGACUACCGGCGCCAGCGCUUCUCGCUGGCGGGCACCCAGCGCGCCUUCCCCACGCUCUUCGCGCUGCUGGAGCACUACGUCAGCUCUCCCAAGAGGUGCCUGAGCGGCCCGUACAGGAAAUGGGAGCCCACGCUGCAGGAGCGCUGCAGGAAGCGCAUCGUGGAGCUGUGCGGCGGCGAGAGCCACAUCCCGCAGCUGCCGCUCACGCACGUGGUGCGGGACUUCCUGUCCGACUUCCCCUACAAGCUGUGACCCGUCUCCCAGUCGGGGUUUUGACAGUAUUGUUGCUGGCGCUCUCGGCGAGCCGCCGCCCGUUGCCGUGGCGACAGAUGGAGCCAGCCGCCCGGGUCGACCUGCGGCGCCGCAGGCGUGUGCAGCCUCAGUGUCAGCGCGUGGGGG